UUGGCAAAACUUUCAAAGCCAUACAAAGUGCUAAUGAGCCAACAACUCUUCUGGAUCAUGAUUUCCCUGUUGGCUCAAAACAGAAGCUCAUUCCUUCCGUUUAUCUCUUGAUUGAUCCAAAUGAUACAAAUGACACCCUUAGAAGCGGUCAACUGUCAAUAUAUAUCCAUUCACAAUAUGAAAUAGGAACAAGUGCUAUGACGCAUAUGAGCGAUCUACAGUCAUUAGUAAAUAACAGCCAUUUCAACAAUAGGCUAAAGGUUGAUGAUAAAAUUAGACCCAUCUGA